UUCUAUCCCGGAGCGCGGUCCGGGCUCAAACUGCCCGGGUGGGAGGGGAGCCUGAGAGCGGGAUCCCGAGCCGCUGAGCGCGCUGCCCACCGCUCCGCCGCCGAUGACUCGGGAGCUCCGGUCCAAGCACCGCCCAUGCAGAAUCACUGCGCUCCACCGACCCAGAGUUGAUGAAAAAACACUUAGCCGUCUCCGCUGCGGGGAGCCAUGAGCUGUCUGGAUGUUAUGUACCAAGUCUAUGGUCCUCCCCAGCCUUACUUUGCAGCCGCCUACACCCCCUACCACCAGAAACUAGCCUAUUACUCCAAGAUGCAGGAAGCGCAAGAGUGCAACGCCAGCCCCAGCAACAGCACGGGCAGCGGCAGCUCCUUUUCCAGCCAAACUCCAGCCAGUAUCAAAGAGGAAGAAGGCAGCCCAGAGAAAGAGCGCCCGCCAGAGGCAGAGUACAUCAACUCCCGCUGCGUCCUCUUUACCUAUUUCCAGGGGGACAUCAGCUCUGUGGUGGAUGAGCACUUCAGUAGGGCCCUGAGCCAGCCUAGCAGCUAUUCCGCAAGCUGUACAAGCAGCAAAGCACCCAGGAGCUCCGGGCCCUGGCGGGACGGCUCCUUCCCGAUGAGCCAGCGCAGCUUCCCCGCCUCCUUCUGGAACAGCGCGUACCAGGCACCGGUGCCCGCGCCUCUGGGCAGCCCGCUGGCCGCCGCGCACUCGGAGCUGCCCUUCGCUGCCGCCGACCCCUACUCGCCGGCCGCGCUGCACAGCCACCUGCACCAGGGCGCGGCCGAGCCCUGGCACCACGCGCACCCGCACCACGCGCACCCGCACCACCCCUACGCGCUGGGCAGCGCCCUCGGCGCCCAGGCCGCCCCCUACCCGCGGCCUGCCGCCGUGCACGAGGUCUACGCGCCGCACUUCGACCCGCGCUACGGGCCGCUGCUGAUGCCCGCAGCCUCCGGGCGCCCGGCCCGCCUCGCGCCCGCCCCGGCGCCCGCGCCCGGCAGCCCGCCCUGCGAGCUCUCCGCCAAGGGCGAGCCCACCGGCGCCGCGUGGGCCACGCCCGGGGGACCCUUCGCCAGCCCCGCGGGGGAUGUGGCCCAGGGUCUGGGACUCAGCGUGGACUCAGCUCGUCGUUAUUCCCUCUGUGGUGCCUCCCUCCUGAGCUGAUCAGAUGACCCCGGGUUUCCCCUUCCCUUUCCCUUCCGACCAGCCACGGAGGCUCAGCAUCUGGGCCUCUCACUUCAUGGAUGACGACGUGGGGGAAGGCAGAGACUUCAAACAUCUCCACAUGUUGGGAAAACCAAAACAUACAUCUACAGAAAUUUUGUCUAACAAUAAUUCCUUCUGCGGAAAGAGCAGAUCCAAAGACUCUGAAUCAUGUUUAAUGACUCUUGGGCAAAUCACUGGAAAUAACCAUCAGUGAGCUCACUUAGAUAUGAUGUCAUAAGUUUUCUUGGAAAGAGGAGGGGAAAAAAAGACAUUUUGGUGUGAAUAUUUUUUAUGCUGAUGUGAAUUAUAUCAUUAAGUAGUGUGACCGUAGCACUACUGAUGUCAGUAUCCUCACAUUUAAAAUGUAUUUGUAUUUGCAUCGAAGACUGUGGUAGGGAAGUAAGAGAGGCCAACUCGCAAUGCCUUCUUCCUCACCUCAUGGCCUCCAGCUCCCUUCGUGCCCACUCCUUCUCUGCAACACCCACUCCAGACACAAAGACACACUCUUUUCCUUUGGACUGUGAACAUGGAAGCCUCAGCCUAAAUGUGAGUGGCAAGUGGCUUCUCUGGAGCCACCUGCCCAAGUCUUACUGAAAUGCAGCUGUUGUAGGACAACUGUUGAAAACUCCAGAAAUACAUCGACCAAGGUGGCGCUUCCCAGUGUUUGGCACAACAAUUGCAAUUGCACUGGAUCUAUUUUGUGUGUGUGUGUGUGUUUGUGUGUGUGUGUGUGUAGAUAUAUAUCAUAUUUUUUACAAGGAACAUUCUACAAUGAAAGAAGAAGCCCUUCUCUGCCUUCUCUCCCACAAAUUCCGUCUCUCCUUCCAUCCUCCUCAGGAUGGAAAAAAAAAAAAAAGGCAAGAAACCCCAACUGUCUCCAUGAAGAAGAACCAGGAAUCGCCACAAGGGGAAGAAAUGUCCACAGAGUCUCUAAUACCUCGAAUAUUCCUCUCAGUCUCUGUGGUUGCAAUUUGGUCACUUUCGUUUUGGCACAGGGGAAGGGAUCCGUGCGUGGGCAAAGCUGAAGGUGAUGAGGAAGAAGAAAUGAACAGUAAAGAUGUCUCUUUACUA